AUGUCGAUUGCCAGUGCCAGUACCAAUGUCGCCGAGCCCAAACGUCCUCCCUUUCAGCCCUUCCAGUGCCACAUCUGCCACAGCCGCUUCACCCGGCACGAGAACCUCAAGCGACAUGCCGCCCUCCACAACCGCUCCCCGAGCAAUGCCUCGCUUCCGUGCGAGUUUUGCAGUGCCACAUUCUCCCGUCCCGAUCUUCGACAUCGCCACAUGAAGAAGAAGCAUGCCGAGUUCGAAGACACCCGCCCACGAAAGAGACGUCAGAGCCCCCGUCAGGCCCCGUCCCCUCCAGCACAAGCGAUUUUACAAGCAGAGAAAUCACGCGUUGCUUCCCAGGGCAGUGAGGGCAGCGAGGAGGAUGAUGCCCAAUUCCUCACCGAUAUCCUUGCGCAGCAGCCGCAGCCUUCGACAGCCACGAGCGAGUCUCCCAGCAUCGGCCAUCUUAUCGCAGCCGACCUGGGACCAAGUCCUCUGAUGGGGACGUCCCUCCUCGACCCCAGCGGAGGGUUCGACGUGCAAAUGCAUCCCAUGGAUAUACCGCACUCGACGACGUCGUUCGCCACAGACCUCUCCUGCUUCAACUUCGACCAAGCCACCCCUGAAGAGGGCUUCUUCCCAAUGAGCUUGCCCCACCUGCAAGACGACUGGUUUCCCUCGAAUAACCAGAUCACGCGGGGGUGCGAUCUCUUCUUCACCCAUGUAUCUCCUUUCGUUCCCUUUUUACACCAGCCAUCCUUCGAUCCCUCACAAUCGGCAAACCACCUCGUGCUGAGCAUACUGUGUCUCGCCUACCAGUAUGGUGAGGAUCCCGAUUGCGGCGACCAAUCAGGAACUGGCCAGAGUCUGUCCUCGCGAACUUUCCAUCGAGCCCGUGCCCUUGUCGCCAGCGAUGAGGAGGGGGUCGAGGAUAGCACCCUGGCACAGCACGUCGCUAUGGUCCAGGCUUACUUUCUCCUAGAACUCUACUCGAUGAUGUAUCUCUGUGGCAAGAAAGAUUCGCUGUACGGCCUCAAGACGCACUCCAAAAUAAUAUCCCUAGCCCGAUCAUCCGGCAUGGCUCAGCCCACAUUCACAAACGCCUCGGAGGCAACAGAAGACCUCGACUCGCUGUGGCACGAGUUCAUCAGAGCGGAGUCGCAUAAGCGAACCAUCUUCGCCGUCCACCAGCUCGACACGCUCUGGUACCAGUUCCUUUCGAUCCCUCGAUUGUUUUCCCAUUUAGAAAUCAAGCACGAACUGCCUUGUCCAGAGGACUACUGGGCCGCACCUACAUCCGUCCAGUGGGCACAUCGACAGCUCGUCAACAAGAACACAGGCUCCUCGGUUCCAUACCCCGAUGCCAUCAGGCGUUUCCUAUCCCCCGAAGGCGAUCCUGCGUCGAUCCCCGCGUUCGAUUCCUACGGCGCCAUCAAUAUUACGCAUUUCCUUGUUUCUAGCGCCCGGGAAAUCUCUGGCUGGUCCACCAUGACCGGGAUGCUCAGCAUGGAGAGGCUGGAGCCUUUGAGGACUUCCCUCCUCGCCCUCAGUCCAUUCAUUCACUCACAUCCGGAGGCAUCAAACCCGUCCCACUUGGGCGAGGCAACGUGGGAGGCGGCCAUGAUCGAAUUACAGAUGUGGUCCCCAUCACAUACCGGCGGGAUAGUCGAGGGCAGCAUGGACGCCGUGAUGCACCAAUUCACCUUCCUGCCCUCAUCGUGCGAGUUUCUUUGCGAGGCUGACACCGCCAAGACGAUACAGCCGCACGUCAACUGGUUCCUGCAGUAUCUGGACAUGGAGCCCGUGCCAGAUGCAGAGGCGCCGUGGAUCAUCCUAUACUCCUACAAGGCUUUCAUGAUUGCCUGGCAACUCGUCAGGGGGGGUGUAGCAGACGCAAUGAAGAUAGUCAAUGUGCAGGAUGGAGAUUCGGAGGGAGCUCUGGCCUGGGCGAGGGAGGCCUUUGGCCGCAGGCAGCGAUGGCAGCUGGGGAAGAUUGCUUUGGCAUGUUUAGAUACCUUGACAGCAUGA